AUGAAGGCGUCGAAAGCAUCAGGGCACUCGUCGUCGCGGUCGAGAAAGUCGUCGACAAAGUCUCCUCCGCCGACGCCGCCAGACGAGUGCUUUGUGCCAGACCAUUAUGGCCACCACCAGUACCAACCACAGUACGAGGCACCGCCGCCCCACGCGCUGUCAUCGGUCAAACCGGUGGGAGGCGUCUUGAUGGACCAGGGGCGCGAUGUACUCAAGCACUUGGAAGCAAAGGAGUCCCGCAUGCUCCAACUCACGGCGCUGUUGGAAACGAUGAAGGAAGAGACUGCCGGAACGACCCAAGCCAUGGGGCGGACGCUGGACGAGAAUGCCCACUUGCAUCACUUGAACCAACAACUCACCGCUGAUGUCGAACGUGCUACCAAUGCCGCCGAAGCACAGAAGGCAGAUCACGAGAAGCAGCUGCAAGAAAUCAUCCAGGUCUUCACGGACGAGAGGCGCGACCUCCAGAAAAAGUUUGAAGUGUACAUCGAGAGCCGCCAGGCCGAAUUCGACGCCGCGCGCGUCGCCCACGAUGCGGAGGUGGCCAAGUUUUCCCAAAGCACAAUCGACCUGCAAGAAAGGAAUCGCCAGUUGCAGCAUGAACGCGAUGCGUCGCAUGAUGAACUUGGAGCCACCAAGGACCACCUCACUGUGGCCGUGCGCGAACUCGAGAUGGAAAAGGAGCAGCACGGCGCGGCGCUCGCCGCAGUCACGGCUUCCAUGAACGAAGCGAACGCGGAAAAGGAAGAGCUCGGGAAACUUCUCGCAGACACGUUUCGAGACCUCGAACGAUGCCGCGCGGCACUUGUCGAAGCAAACAACAACGUGGCCCGAUUGACGGCGUCGCUCGCUCAGAACGAUCUGUCUUGGACGCACACGCUGACGAGCCUAGAGAAGCAGAUCGUCGACAGCAAUGCACAACAGCAGCUUGUUCAAGACAGCCUCCGCGCAGCGGAGAGCGCGCUGCAGGUCGAGCGGUCCCAGAAGGAAGAGCUCAACGCUGCCAUGCGGGCCGAGCUGCAGCGGUAUACGGACGAGCUGCACGAGAUGCAAACAAAUCAUGCAAAUGCCCUUGCGCUCGUGAUAUCCGACCGCGACGAGUGCCAGGUUCAGCUCAAGCAUGCCCAGGACCAGCACAACGCGACGGAGAAACAGGUGCUAGUGGUGACGCGGCAGUUCGAGGAAGCGCUCCAUGAUGCCGCACACAAGCUUCACGCUCAGUCAGCGGACUCAGCCAAGUACCGCGCGACGGCCGAACGCAACCUGGCCGAACUCAAUGCCCAAUGCGUCGCGAUGGCGCAGGACCUGGACGCGUGCAAACUGGCGAAACAAGCCAGCGAUGCCGUCAUUGAAGCCUUGCGCGCCAGCCGUGGCAAGUUGGCUGCGUUGAUUGGAAUCGAUACGUCGUCGACGAUGGAGGAAGCCGUCGUCAAAGUCGAGUCGGUUGUCGCAGCUUCGAUCGUCCGCGACCGGUUGGUCGAGACGCUCGAGACGAAGACGAAGGAGCUUGAGCUGGAGCAUGCGGCGGUGGCGGAACAACUUGCCCAGGCGCAGCAGAACCUCAGCAAUGCCACGAACGAACUGGACGCGGUAAAGCAAGACUGUGCGGCGCUCGUGGUCGAGAUCCAGGCGCUUACGACCACGCACGACAAUGAACUCGGUGCGUUGAACGCGUCGAGCCAGCGCGCGGCGGACGAAGCAGAGGCGCUCAAGCAGUCGCUGGCGAUGACAACGAUGCAGUUGCAGCGGUCGGUGGACAAACAGCGCGACCGGAUCGACCAGCUUGAACACGAGAAGCGGGAUCUCUUGCAGGAAGCGGAAGCGUUGAACAAGUCGCUCGAGAUGGCGUACCAAGCAAAGGAGUCGCUGCAGAUCGAAAUCGAUACCAUCAAAACACGUUUCGCGACCCUCCAGUCGGAUCACAACGAUCUGCAAGAUGCACAUGGACAGCUGAAUGCCGCGGCCACAACAGAUCUCGCGGAGCUCAAGGCCAAGCUGGCCGACGCGGAAAGCGUGUACCAGCGAGAGCGGACGGCAUGGGACGAGCAGUCCAGGUCACUCGUGGCCGCCAUUGCGACGCUGGAAGGACAGGCUACGUCGUUGAACGACGUUGCGCUGCAAGCGCGGGAAGAUGCCGACACGGCCAGGCAUGAGGCCAAAGAUCUGGCGGACACCCUUGAACGGACGCGAAUCGAGCUCGUCGACGUGCAAGAUCUGUGUGCCGAAUGGAAGGAAAAAGCGGAGGCGCUGGCGGCGACGAGCACAUCGGUCGAAAGCACGUUGAAGGCCGACUUGACCGCGUCGUCAAACCAAUGCCUGGCGCUCGCAGCGGACAAACGCCGGCUCGAGAGUUCCGUCGCGGCGCUCGACGCACUGCACGGCCAGCUCAACGCCGACAUGCACGCGCUCCGGCAGGAAAAGCAGUGCAUCAGCAAACACUUGGAAGAGCGCGACGACGAGCUGCUGCGUGUGCAGGGCGAUCUCGGUCAAGUCAGGGCGGAGCUGGAGAGAUUAGCACGGUCAAAGCAGACGCUGCAGGCCGAGUUGAGCCGGGCCGCGGACGACUUGAACGAUAGUUUGCGCCAGUUGGAAGUGCUCCGUCGCGAGUUCCGUGCGCAGGAGAAAGCGCAUGCAGCCGCGGUGGAAGGGCUCCAGAAGGACUUGGACGCGCUGCGGCACGAACAGUCGGAAACUCUCGCGAUGAACGACGAGCUCCAGGCCAAGAUCUCAACCAUCCAGAGCGCGGCCAACGCGACGAUCAACGACUUGGUCGCUGAAGUCACGCACGCUGAGGAGCUGGUCAAGGUCGAGCAGGCCAGCCGCGCAAAGGACGACGAGCUGUUGCGGAGCCAGUGCAGAUAUGUCGAGGAAGACUUGAAGCGCAAAGAGAUCGAGUGGAAAGAUGCGACCAACAUGCUCAAGCGGGAGCUCGCUGUCCGGCGCGACAGCUUCGUCACCCUCGAAACGAAGUACCAAAAGCAGAAGGAACUUCUGGAAGCCAAGAAGGCGGAAGUGGACAAGCUGACCAGGGAGAACGAACAGCGCCAGCUCAAGGUUGCCGAGAUCGAGCGCAAGCUCGCGCCGCUAGCCAACAUCAAGGAGACGAUGACGACGCGGCUGAGCGAGAUGAAGCUCAUUUGCGACGCGAAAUUGAAAGAGUCGCAUGACCUGGAAGAAAAGCUCCGCGACGAAAUCGUGCGGCUGCAAAAGGACAAGCGGGACCUCGAGUCGACCCAUCUGCGCGCCAAAGACGAGAUGGACAGUUCGUCGGCCGGUCGGUUCGCGCUCGUGCACCAGCAGUUGACGAGCGAGAACAAAGUCCUCAAGUCGACCCUCGACCGCACCAAGCAAGAGCUUCAGCAUGCGACUGAGAACGUCGCAGCGCUCGCCCAGCGACUGGAUGGGCAGCAAAAAGCGUCGCAAGCGACGAUUGCCGACUUGACCAGCCGGAUGCAAACUUUUGAUCAGCAGUACCAAGCCGCGCUCCAGGGAAUGUCGCGGGAGUUGGCGGUCGAGAAGGAACGGACGAGCGAGCUCUUGGCGCAGAAGAGCCAGCUCCUCAAGCAAUUGCGCAGGCUGCAGCGACCGCCAUCGAGCGACGAGUCGCAGCAGCACCAACUCGCCACGUCGAGAAACCUUUCCACUCUGCAGCCCGAAGUGGCCACCGAUCAGGGAGGAGGGCAAGUGCCCAAGACGCACAGGUCCACGGGGGACUUGACUAGCUACGAAGACCUUGCCAACAUCCCCGUGGCGCUCCUACGAGCCCAGAUCGGACUCGACAUGUUUUCGUUCGAAGAGCAGCAUGGCAGCAACCAGCAGCCGGACGGAGGAAGCGCCGCGGUGCCGUCCCUGAACCUUGACAGCCUCAACACGUCCCGGUCCACUCCGUAUUCGCACGACAUGAGCAGUCGGCUCGAAUCCGGCACCGCGACGCGACCAGCUUGA